AUGCACCUUCGCAAUCACCCGUCGUCGCAUUUGAUCCGCCGCCCACGAGACGACUCGGGCCAGAAUAAAGGUGCCAAUGUAUUCCCUAUUGUUGCUGGAGUUAUUGGCGGCAUCGCUGUGUUAGCGUUUGCCUUUUUCAUUUGGAGGAAAUGCGUUCACGACCGCGAGCUUAGUGGGCACAAGCCAAAGGGAUCAAAGAAAGAUAAGAGCUUGGGAAAUCGUGUCCGCGAAUUUUGGCAGCCGUCAUACGAACCGGCGGCAUCCGACGACAAUGGGAAUUCUCAUGCGCUUUCAUCUACAUCCACCAGACAGAACCGCGAUGUCGAGCAAGCCACGACGCAAAACACCGCAGCGGUCGAUCGGCAUACCUCGGUCAGGUCUAUCAUGACUCUCCCCGCCUACAGCCUCGCAGCCGCGCAGAACGAACAAGUCAUCGGCAGGGAGGGAGAGCGGGAUGGCGUCGACAUCAUCAUCGAGCACCCAACCCAGCAGGAUGAGGAGGAACUACGUGAUCAGGAGAUGGAGGCUCUAUACCAGCUAAGGCAAGCCCGCCGCCAACAACGAAAUGAGCGCGAGGAGAGACGAAGAGAGCGCCAAGACGCUCGGGAACGAAAUGACCAGGCCGCGCUCUCAGAUCUCAGGCGGAGGGAGAGAGCUGCGAGCAACAGCAACAACAGCUUGGUUGAUGAGCUUCGCCAGAAUAUCGAUCGGGCUAAGGAGAAUCGCCAGCGCUCAGCCUCUAGUGUCUCUUACGCUGAUUUGGGUGUUGCUCGCCAUGAUGGAACCAGGCUUCGAGCUAAUAGUCAGGAAAGCGAGAGGAUGGGUCUGUUAUCCAAUGCCGCGGAAGUUUCAGCACCCUCAGUCCGGUCAGGUGCCAACUCUCCCAGUCUCUGGGAUAGACGCCACAGCUCAGUCACCAGUUUCGGCAGCGACGUUCCAUCGCCCGGCUACGGACGCCCUCGCGCAGCCUCUCGUGCUUCUCGAUCUACCACCCCCACAAGGAAUUCUCCCGGCAGGGCUUCCCCUUCCGGACCUAUUGAGGCAGACCUGGGGUCUGCGACGAUGCCGCCUCCCGAAUAUGAGGACGUAUCAUUGGACGAGGAGGCCGGGCGCUCAACAACCCCUUUGUUUGAACCACCGCCGGAUUACCCCGGACCAUACCGAUCAAACUCGCAGCGUAGCAGUCGCGGACCAGCAGCAAAUCAGGGGCCAGGCUUGGGGCUAGGAAUCGAGCAAAAUCAAAACGAAGACGACGAGAUUGACGACGGUGCCAGGACGCCCCGGGCACGGGGAGUGGGAGGUGUUCCUCAGCUUCCCAGCUUGAGGAUCAGCAGGCUGCCAGAGAUCAGAAUUGAGCCAUCGAGUGGUCACCCACAAAGAGGUGAUAACCGUGACAUACCAGAGCACCCAUGA